UCACUCGAGAUAUCAGUCGGAAUUUCGUCUUAGUAGCGUCGCGCCGCUCGCGUCCACUUUGAAAACGUGUGCGCCAACUUUGGGGAUGUAGGGUUUUUAGCGAAUUCGCUCGAAGUGUUAGAUUUGUGAUUUUUGUGCUCGACGGCCUCUGAGGGACUCUGAACACGCCCAGCAAGUGACUUUAGGAUGCAUAAGGGUGGGGGGAUGGUUACUGAAUAAUUCACCAGUUGAUAAUGAAAAUGGUGCGUGUUGCUAUAAAGGCGGCCGUAAUGCUUUUCCUUUGUGGGGUGUUUGUCACUUCGAAGGCAUCAGAAGAGAUGUCAACACCGAGUGCAAGUGCGAGCCCUCCGGCGAGCGCCGGGACGGCGCCCCCGGCGACGGAGCGGUCAAGUCCGCGCCCCACGGCGGAUUCCAGCAGCGGCGCCCCCACAACUCCAACUUCGACAGCUGCCGCCCCUUCGACAACCGUCGGAAACGAACCUGUUCGCCACAGCUUGGGCCGCGGUUUCCCCGUACCACACUACCACUUGCCCGACUCUCGCUGGGGCCCUUUUUUUGAGGAAGGCACAGAGCCCCACAACAUCACAGCGAGGGUCGGCUCCACGGUUAUGAUCGACUGUCGCAUCGGACUGUUGCAAAAUAAAACGGUGACGUGGCUCCACCACAAAGGAGACUCAAUACAUCUCCUUACGGUAGGUCGCAGCGCGUACAGCAGCGACGAGCGUAUCACCCUCAGUUUUCGAUACCCCAACAACUUUCGCUUACAAAUUGUCUACAUCACUCGGAGGGACGAAGGUCUCUACGAGUGCCAAGUCGCUACACACCCGCCAAAAGUCAAAAGGAUAUUCCUCAAAGUCACAGCCCCGGAAGUGCGAAUAGUGGACGAAUCCGGACGAGAAGUGACUGAAAGGUAUUACAAAGCCGGCAGUGCUCUCGAGUUGACAUGUCUGGCAACGCAGGUAGGAGGGGGCUCGGAGAACCCCACCAUCACCUGGAGACAUGGAGACCGCACACUCUCUAAAGGUAUCAGCUCCAACGUGUCUGCUAGCACGGACUCGGCCAUUUCGACUCUGACGGUGGGCCCCCUCGAAACUCGCCAUUCGGGGAACUACACGUGCGCCGUGGGAGCUUUGGCAUUUGCGACCGUAGCUGUACACGUUCUUAACGGUGAGCUUCCGGCGGCUGUCCACCACGGCAAUGCAGCCCCUUUGGGACUAAUCUCCCCCACGCUGGUCCUGCUGUCGGCUUGUUGGCUAUUGGCCUGCCAGAGGUGACCCUUAUCUCCUUAUCCGCACAGCAUUCUUAAUUAAGUCCCAGUGAAGGUGAUUCCAGUGAUGACUUACGCACUAUACAAUUAUCAUAUCAUGGUGCCGCGAACGGACCAACUCGUUACCUCACGGGAGUAGUUGACUUGUGCCGUUGUGACAUUAAAGCCAAAUCUUUUUAAUUUUAUUACACGGAACGCUAGUACGAUUUAACUUAAAUAAUCCGGAAUUCCGGGAGGUGUUUGAUCUUGCUAUUGCUCGUGCCAGUUGGAUAACCUUUCAGUGCGCACUUGUGAGCCAUAUUCGAACUUGUUUGCUACGAAUUCCAACAAAUUAAUUUUGAAUAAUCCACACAUUGCCCGUUUCCGCGCUAAUUCCAGACGAGUUGGAUUUUUCUCUCCUGAUUUGCUUACAGCAACUGAAGGGUUAUCUCACUGGUUUCAAAACGGGAGUGAGUUGUUUGACAAAAACCGGUUAAUCAAAAUCUCUUCUAAUAGUUGCAGUGGAAAGCUUAUCAGCGCUGGUUCGUGACUUAGUGCUUAAAGGGAAACAGUGAACAACAACAAAAUCAUGUGAUAUAAUUAAAUUUAUUGGGUGUAAUUAAAUUAUAUAACGUAUCAUAUAUUUUAUCUACUUAAUAUUUAUUUAAAUUUAACUUAAAGAUCUUUCUAUUCAAGAGAGUCAAGUUAAAAAAGAACCAAUAUUAGCAUUCGGUAGAAUGGAAGAUCUUGUUAUUAUUUCAGGAGUCCUCCAGUUAAUAUAUUGUAAUGAAAUUAAUUAAAUAGUGUACUUUUUUUCAAAUAUAUAACGGAUAUAUCAUAAGUAUAGCCGGACUCCUGACCAAGUUGUGUAUAAAUUAACUAAAAGUAAUAUAAAUGUCAAAUUAGUUGCGACUUCAGCAUCCAAUAAGUGUCGGGAGCGUGCAUAAAAAUAGACUGUGAUAGUCAAAACUGAAACAAUUAAAAUUUGGCUUAGAACCAAGUCGUGUUUUUUUAUCUUGAUUGCAUGCCUGCGAGGUGUGCUAAAUUUAAUUAAAAUCUGAAUCGAUUUGCCCAAAAAUUUGAGCUUAUUGUUAUUUUGCAGUCGAAUGUAAUUUUCGGUUUGGAAAUUGAAAAUUGAACGUGUUAUGUGUAGUCAAAAUUGAAAUUUGUUAAUAUUGAAAGCGAUUGCACGAGUUUAGCUUGAAGCGUUUAUAACGUCGUGAUGAUCUUGUUCUCGUAUUCUAGGCAAAUCUAUCAGCAAAUACUGCUCUACGAUUUUGGAAUAGUAACAAAACGAUCGAUAGUGGAUGCUUAAUUCGCAACAUAGUUUCUUCCAAUUCUGUAUUAUUCGAGUAGAGUAGCGACUUGGCUAGAAGGAGCUCUUCGUAUAUCAAUCAGAUUUGGCCGAAAUUGAGAGUGGCCGCUUUCCGGCGUCAUCAAUCAAAAUUUUAAUUAAAACAAAAUACGUUGAUUUUUUGAGCCUGAUUUGGGUUUGUACCCAGCAAAAAGUGAAUGAAUCGGGCGUCUCAUCCAUAAAUUGCAGCAAAUAAACUACAAAGAGUAAAAAACCGAAUCGGGAUCUUUAAUCUUUGUGGCUUCGCAUGUAGGCAACCCGAUGUGCACUCGUGUCAGGUUAGCUGAGAGCUUUCUUUUGUUCCGUCAAGCUAGAGUGUCGUCGAUUAUUCUUCCUGACCCAACAAUUAACCGGUUGUUCAUCCUGAAAGCUCGGACCGCCGCAAAUUUAAUUAUUCAAAUAAAACGCUUUAGAAAAAUAUAAAAUUGCAAUUGAGAGAGCUCCUUCUGCAAAUAUACAUACGCUCUUACCUACCCUUGUAUAAAAUUUUAUAAAAGUUACAUAGACUUGUUAUAGGAGACACAAAGACACAAUUUAGUUGAUAGCUGAAUUAGUAUUCAAAAUUGCGAUUGUGAUUUUUACAUUUUGUAUAAGUGUAGCCUUGUCAAUAUUUAUCAGGUUUCGAUUUCGGUGUAAAAAUGUAAUUAAGGACGGAAACUGUGACAAUUGGUGCUGGCCAUCUCUAGUCUGAUACAAAGGAUCUGGAAACUCGGCUAAUGUAACGAGUGAGCGGGAUUAUCCGAGUCCAAGUUACAUUGGCAGGGUUAACUUUUAUGGAAAGUUGUAAAUAAACACAUAUUCUGUACAUGUCAUGACCACUUCUGCACACGAUACAGCCGAGUCGAACUAACGUUGCUUACCCUGGUUCGUGAUGAAUGUCUGCUAAAUGGUGCGUGAUCUGAUUUAACAGCUGCUACGGAAGGCUAAGCUUUGAUCAAUUCACCCAACACUACACCAGAAUUUUUACGGAUAUUGUUAGCCAACAUCCAAAUCUAAUUCAUAAAUCAUUUAUCGGUCUUCUUUUGUCUUUACGUUCGUAUGAAUCCUGCCAGCGCUCCAAAACGGCAACGCGCCAUCUGUUUACCAUAAAACAAUUAAAAAAUCUUCAAGGAUCGAAUUGUGUCUCGUGUGCACGAAAAAGAAAAAGCCUCCAUUGCGCGUCGACUCCUUUCAAAUUUCCAUUCAGGGAACCGAAUUCUUCUCGCACUAAGGGGUUUUACCUAAGUGGUUUCCCUAGCUGUCUGGAUGUUAUUUAUUUAACCAGUGAAGAAUAGGCACGGAAUUCUUCCUCGACGGCUAACAGAUAGAGUCAAUCUGACGAUCUGCAGGUCUAAGACGUUGACACAGCUGCACAAUGCGACGCGAAGCGAAACACGCUAAGCAUACGUUCAAAAAUUAUAUUUUCGAAGUCACUCGUCCGAUAUUUUCCAAUUUCCGCAAAUAUAGUUUCGAGAAAUGGCAAAAGUUUUAAAUUAAAGUCAUGGGAAAUAAGAAACUAAUCUUCUUUAUAACUUAUACGCCAAUUUAUCGCAAACCAGAAAUUGCGUCCGUACCAGCAAAUCAACGCUUGUUCGCUCGAAUUCUGUAAAUAAUGUUGGAUAAAUGUUUCACAUAAUGUGAUGAUGUAUAUAAAGCCAUACAAAACACAUUAUAUAGACAUUGUUUGUUGUUUUAUAAAUAAAGGAUAAGAUGAUA